UGGUAGUACUACUGAGCUUUCACUUGACCUUGAAUGCGUUCAACAAAUUUCCCCUUUAAUUGCAGCGCUUUCUUUGUUUUCGCGUACUAAUCCCGCGAGAGUAAGAACAAAGCUUAGUGGGCAUUGAUCAGUGUGACGCCGUUGUAUGUAUACUUUGUUAAAUUUGAGGUUAGGUCGACUUUAACCAUCAUUAAAAUGAGUGAAAAAAUUGGUAAUAAAACUUGGAAUUAUUUAAUUGGAUUUGAAAGAAGCCAAAUAAAUAAUAAUAAGCUGCCUUCGUAUCGUGACUUACUAAAUUUUUUUAUGUAUAAACAUCAGUCUUUAAAAUUAACUAUUCGAAAUAGUGCUACUAGUGUUAUUAACGAUACUGAUACUAUUCGGGCUAGUUUCAAGAUUCCAACUAUACGUCCUCAGCACAGUCUUACGAAGUUGGAAAAAUUUUAUGCCGAAUAUAUAAAAGUGAAGACACAUCACAAGAGGGAAAAAAAAUCGAAAGCACAAAAACAGAAUGUUGAAAAGUUUAACCAAAAACUAGAUAAAUUGUUCGAUAUUUCGAAUUCCACAAUGGUUAAGAAUUUGCCAAAAGAGCAGCAACAAUUUCUGAAUGAGUGUCAAAAGGGGAAAACCAAUCUUCACUCGCUCGUUACUAAUUUCUUGCCGGUGGAAACUUUUCAGAAUAAAUCUGACACUGAACAGGAGAUAACAAAUGAAGAUAAUGAGAAUAAUACAGACGAAAUUGGCAUGAAAUUAUCGCAACAUUCGAUGCCAGCAAGUUUUUGUAGUCUAUCAUCAAAUUCCAGUGGGUUGAAACGAACAUAUUCUGAUUUUGAGGAUGAACUCCCUGUACCUCCUAAAAAGAAAAAAAUCAAUAUUUUUUAAGAUUUGAUUCAACAUUUUGUGGAAAUUCAAUGCUAGGUAAACUUCAAUGAUUAAUAUCUCAGAAAAU